UGCAGAGAGAUUGAUUUCGGUGGUGAUGGCGGAUUUGUUUAAUUCCCUCUUGUUGCAUUGAAUUGGAAUUGAUAAUUCUCUCGCCUGAUCUCUUCUGCCUGGUCAGAUUUUCCACCUCCGAUCCCGAUCUGCGUCGCGCCGACUCGGUUGGGCUCUUCCUGUACAUAUUGUUCGACGGAAUUCUCCCAAGAUUGACGUUAAUCUCGAGGUCAGUGGUGGUAAGUGUUAGAUCAGGCUAAUGUUGGUGGAAUUCCCUGCUCAACUUUCUUCUUCUUCGUUGCUUCUGUUCUGUCCCAUGAUUGUGUUGUUUCAAUUGUGUGCGAGCGAGCUGCGAUUCUUUCGAUCUUGCCGAAAAUAAAAAAUUAAGGGUGAAAGUGAUUCUCUGUUUUGCUUUCGUGGCCUGAGAUCGGGAUCUGAUCGUGGAUGUGAGGCGGUUUGCCGGAAUUCUGGGUUUGGGAGGGAACUGCAGUUUUUUUUUACCAAAGGGGAUAUGGAGUUUCAGUGCUUUUUGUUCUAAAAAAAAAACUCAGCAGCCUUAUUUGAAUUCCAGGAGAUUGUACUUGUUUUUGUAAAAUCGGCUUUCUUCUUCUGGUUUUGCGUCUGUUGUUUAAUUACUGUGGGCAUUGCUGAAUUAUUGGUAGAUUGUUCUCUGGAGCAAGAAUUCUAAUUCUGGAGCUGAAUUAUCUUCCAGCAUGAGUCUUUCUUGACGUGUCUGUUGUAGAUUUGUGCUGUGAUCCCCGAUUGCGACAAUUCUUGUUUGAUAAGUGCCCAUCUGGUAUGUAUGCUUGAGAUAUGGUGUUUAAGAAGAGACAAUCUCAUGGUUUUAACAAUCUCCACUUCCCUUCUGUUCCCAAGGCUCCCAGAUCUGCCAGAAGGGCCUUUCAUAAGAGGAUAGUUGAGGACAGCCAAAUCUGUGCAUUUGAGUUACUUGCUUCUCUAGCUGGAAAGCUAUUACAGGAGAGUGAAAGCUCAUCUGCUUCUAGUAAUGCAUCUGAUGCAAAUGACCGGCCUGCAAUUAGUGAUGGUGUUGUUAAAAGAGAGCAAGUUGAGACUAAACCUGUGAAAACAGAGUGCUUGGAUUUGGGAAGCUGCGAAGAGAGCAUUUUCCUCCCUGACUACGGUUCACCUAGCAGUGACAGUAGGGGAAGUCUGAAUGAAAUUCCACUGCCAGCUGAGAGUGAUGCCAUUUUGGAGCGGUAUUCAACUGUCUCGAAUUCCGAUUCCUCAGAGAAAGGCAAUAGUGAUGUAAAGCCAAUCCAAGGUGAAAAGGCACCUAAGUUGGAGGGAGUCCCUCCUGUUACUGUAGAGCCUUGUGAUGAAAAACCAGAAAAUGGGGUUGGCAGUCAGCCAUUGGCUGAUGGGAUGGAGACUCAGGGGUUGAUCCUUGAUAAUGCCUGCAGUUCAAAGGAUCCCAUGAAGUCAUGCCUGAGGAAUCCUGCAUUGAUCAACUCAGACAACACUGCCAUACAUUUAUCCCAUGGGAAUUCCCUUCCCAGGGCUUCUGAUUUGAAGCAUGGGAAUGGUGUUAAAUUAGGUAUUAGAGAUGAUGAUGAAAACAUUUUUAGGUUUAAUAAACUAAGCAGCAGAAGAAAGGCAUUUAGGCCUUCAUCUAGAAUUGGAGACAGAAGAAUAAGAAAACUACUGUCAUCCAAAUACUGGAAAGCAGCACCGAAGCUGAAAGACUAUGAGCUAACGAGACCUUUAUUUGCAGAUUUGGGGAUGAAGCCUCUUCAUCAUAAGAGGAAGUUGUCUUGCAACCCUGACAAAACUCAGGGCGACAUUCUUUACAAGAGGAGGAAGUUUUCUGACCGUAGCGUAGUCAUAGCAUCUGAUAGGGGUUUUAGCGGUGAAAGUGUUUGUAACUCUCCUGAGAAAGGCACGUCUGGAGACAAUGGUUCAGCAGUAUUGUGUUAUGGAGAAAAUGGCAUUUCAUCUCCCGUUAUUGGUAAUCAAGCCCAGCUCCGGUCGAAGGAUUCUCAUGUUAAACUGAACAUCAAGUCCUUCAAAAUUCCAGAACUUUUCAUUGACGUCCCAGAAACUUUAACUGUUGGUUCUCUCAAGAGAACUGUUGUGGAAGCUGUAACUUCUCUACUUGGUGGUGGUUUACGUGUUGGGCUAGUUCUUCACGGAAAGAAGGUCAGGGACGAUAACAGAACCCUUUUGCAGACUGGCAUCACUUCUGCUGAAAGCCUUGAGACUCUGGGUUUUACCCUGGAGCCUAAUUCAGUGCAAGCUCCUGUGCCCUUGUGCAGUGAAGAGCCUCAUGCUAUUUUACCAUGUGAAACAUCCCACCUUAUAUCAAGGUCCCCAGAGACUACAAUUGUAGAGUCACUAAAGCUUAUUGACUCACCCAGGCUUGCUCCUUCUCCACCAACAAAUCAGGUUGACUACAACAGUGAGACUACUGAUCAGGAACCACUUUCCUCUAAUGCUGACAUAGUAGCUGACAACAAAUCACCAUCAGAUUCCAAAGCUCUGGUUGCAGUUGAACCAGCAAGUGCUGAGGCACUUGCUGUUGUUCCCCUCAACCAGAAAUCUAGGCGAUCUGAGAAUGUACAGCGUCGAACUAGGAGACCAUUCUCAGUCUCCGAAGUAGAGGCACUUGUCCAAGCCGUUGAAGAACUUGGCACUGGAAGGUGGCGGGAUGUUAAGUUGCGAUCUUUUGACAAUGCUGACCAUCGAACAUAUGUUGACUUGAAGGAUAAAUGGAAGACAUUAGUCCACACAGCCCAGAUUGCUCCGCAGCAAAGAAGGGGAGAGCCAGUUCCUCAGAAGCUUCUUGACAGAGUGUUGGCUGCACACAGCUACUGGUCGCAGCAUCAAGCCAAGCAACAUACCAAAAAUGCAGCUGCUGUUGCCACUGCGACUGCAACUGCAACCCCGACGGUGCUGCAGAUAACAGACGGGCAGGCGAUUGAGGCUUGAAGAAGGACUCGGGUAACAUUUCACUUGGUAUAAUAGUGUACAAAAGGAAGGGAAACUACUACAACCACUACUUGUUGACCGGGAAGGAACAGGGGAAGGCACAGAACAGGGUGACAAAGAAGAACAGCAGCAAAAUUGUACAAAAUGCAACAAUUGAUUUCUCGGAAUGUUUAUUAUGUAAUACACUCACACUUGUCUUUACAACAAUUCAUUCCCAGUGUUUCCCCUCCCCCCCAUUGGAGACCAGGGGAGAAGGAAAGCUAGGGCAUUUUGUAAAUUGAUUCAGUUCCAUGAAAUAAAUCCCCUCUAGGGGGAGUGGCUCAGCCUAAUAGGAACAUUAAAAUUUCCCAAUUCUUUGAUUUAAUCUGGUGUAAUAGAAUUGUUCAGGUUCAAAGGAGACAUUUGAAAAAAGGAGACAUUUUUGUUUCUCAUAUCUUCACCUCGCUCGUCUCUUGUGAUUUGAUUACUGUCGUACUCGAUCUGCAACGCAUCAUCAGUUGCUCCUCUUUCGAUACAUGUAUGUCUCGUUUCGAUUCACGAACAGACGGAAACUACUACUAGCUUUGAUGAAUCAUUGGUAUAUCCUUUACAGCAUUGUAUGUUCUGCAAAAAGGAAGUGGGAUGAAACUGUUGGAUUGUGAAGAGGGGAAAGCAUCAAGGUAAAGUAAUUGGAGCUUGAAAGGCAGGCAGAGAAGGGUGGUGGUGGGAGUAGGCGCAAAAUUUCUUUACGGCUAAAACUCUAUUCCUUGCACGCAACCGCCAUGUGACAUUUUUAAGCCAAACCGAACCCAAC